AUGGCAGCACUGAACCCCAACAACCAGCAACACGCUGACAAGAGAAUAAUAGGAUUCGAUUGUGAGUUUGUGAAGCCACCACCUUCGGAAUUCGUCCAGUCAGAGUGUCCAGUUUGUCUUCAGAUUAUCCGAGAGCCCUACCAGGUCACAUGCUGUGGAAAGAAGUUUUGCAAAGCUUGUAUUGAACAUAUCAAAGCAAUUCAAAAACCGUGCCCAACUUGUAACGAGAAAUUUUCAAGUUUUGCCGAUAAAGGCUUGAAACAAUCGCUCUACAGUUUGAAAGUUCGCUGUAGCCAGCAGAAAAACGGGUGUGAGUGGACGGUGGAUUUGAGACAGCUUGAUGAGCACCUCAACACAGAUCCACAGCCAGAGAAACAACUCGAUGGAUGUCAGUUUGUCGAGAUCGAUUGCAUCUAUAAUUGCGGGGACCAUCUGCAACGAAGGUACAUUCAAAACCAUCAAAUUAAGGAUUGCUCCAAACGUCCAUUCGGUUGUGAGCACUGCCAUGAUUACAAGUCUACCUAUGAUGAUGUCACCAACAACCACUUGCCUGUGUGUGGGUCCUUCCCUGCCCCCUGCCCUAACCAGUGUGGUUCAACUAUCCAACGUCAGAAUAUAGACAACCAUGUUGUCGAUGAGUGCCCCCUGACCACCAUCAACUGUGACUUCAACCACGUAGGCUGUGCUGUGAAACUCCCUCGACAAGAUAUGCCAAAACACGAUAACAAUUCCCUCUCAGCACACAUGUCCCUACUAGCCACCAGUCAUGCCAAGUUAAUACUAGAAAACGAAAUAUCAUCAGCCAGACAAAAAGCUGAGUUUAAUAUUUUAGUCGAAGAGAAUAAACAGUUGAGGAUGAAAAUUACUGAAUUGGCGCCAUUACAACAAAUGCUCACCGUGAACUCCAAAUCUCUUGGUGCCCCUGUCCUUACAAUGACCAACUUCCAACAGCACAAAAGAGAUGACGAUAGUUGGUACUCCCCUCCAGUCUACACCCACCAUCAGAGCUACAAGAUCUGUCUUAGAGUGGAUGCUAACGGCUGGGGUAUUGGUAAAGGAACACACGUCUCUGUGUUUGUGUGCUUAAUGAGAGGAGAGUUUGACAAUUCUCUGAAAUGGCCGUUUCGUGGUGUGAUUUCAUAUCAACUACUGAACCAGGUCAAUGGCAAGGAUCAUAAAACAAACACUGUCACCUAUGAUGACAAAGUAUCUAACGAGUGCUGUACCAGAGUGACAGAGGGAGAGAGGGGAGGGGGGCGGGGACAGCCACAGUUCAUUGCUCACACUGAACUGGAGCCCAAUUAUUUACGAAACGACACCCUUCUCUUCCAAAUACACAAAGUAGAACUGAAGUAGUUGCUUAAUUAGAAGAGUGAUAAUUACGUAUACACACAAACAAACCGUAGACAUAAGUAUUAUCUGUGUACUGAUUGCAAUUGUAUUUGUUUGGA